AUGGCCCCCCUGGCUCAGACCCUGGCACUGCUGGCAAUGGCCGUGGCCACUGCAGCCAUCCAAGAGGAGACCCUGGACAUGGCCCCGAAGUCCUUUGAUGACCAGUACCUGACCUGUGCCGAUGACAUGGUCAAGAGACUGCCAGAACUCAACAGCACCGAGUUCAGCCAGAAUGCUGAGUAUGCCCAGGUCUGGCCUAAAGCCAUGGUCAACUGGCAGAGGAAGGGGAGCCCCACGACCCCUCUGAGCCAGGACGAGGCCAUCGCCGUCAUGAUCUACACCAUGAAGGACGUGUACAGUCAGUUCAACGCGGCCGUGCGCGAGGCCGGGAGCUCCCGCCAGCAAUACCGGAACAACUUCCAAUUCAAAACGCUGCAUUUCCUGCUCACCCGGGCCCUGCAGAAGCUCAGAGUCCCCAACGAGUGCAAGGAUGUGUUCAGGGGGGUGAGGGAUUACCAGUUCAAGGUGAAGAAAGGUGACAAAGUUCGCUUUGGUCAGUUUGCGUCGACGUCGCUGAGCCGUCAGGUCUCGGAGAGGUUUGGCACGGACACGAUGUUCCGUGUGCACACGUGCCACGGCGCAGACAUCCAGAAAUUCUCCAACAACCCCAGCGACAGGGAGGUGCUGGUACCGCCCUUUGAGACCUUCGAUGUCACCAGUGUCACUCAGGAAGGGAGUACGAUGAACAUUGAGCUGCGCUCCACCGGGAACAUCAGCAACUACAACUGCGAGUGGCUGCGAGGUGGGUCCCUCCCCAGGACCUCCCCCCAACUCUGGGGGCUUUUUCUGGCCACUGUGGCCAUGGCAGUGGUCACUGGAAGCCUCUGA